UCGGGAGACCGCGCCUGCGCGAUUAUUCGGACGAGGUGAUUUCACACAUGCGCAGUGCCCAGGGUCGUGGUGAGGCGCAUGCGUACAAGCUCCAAGCAGCGGUUGGAUGGACAGAGACGGGGAGCGUGGGCUGCGUCUGUUGCGUUCGGAUUUCGGCUAUAGAGGCACAAGCUCUGUUCCUCAUCAGAUGGAGCCAGAAACAGAUGCUCAGGAAGAAAAACAACACUGGAAAAAUACAGUGAGACGAUCCACUCAAAGCCCACGAGAGGAUAACUUCGAAGGCCCUUCCUCUUCUUUUAAGAAGCUAUGUCCUGCCAAACCUUCUCCCAGCUUUCUUGAGCUUCCAUCUUCCCAACGGAGGCCCAGUCCAGGUCUACUCUGUGCCCAGGCUUCAAGGAAAGGACAGAAAAAAUUCACCCCUGAUCAUCAGCCACAGGAAUGCUACGGCCUACUGGAGUGCAUGCACAACAACAUCCAGAUCCAAACCCAGAUCGCUCUGACACAGCUGAGCAUCCUGGAAGGCUUGCAGGAAUCCAUGAGCUUGCUUCUGGCUAGCGACGAGGAGAAGAGGAAGGAGCAGAGAGACCAGGAGGGCCUGCAAAGCUCAAUCUCCUCCCCCACCUAACAUAGCCAUAGGUUUGGUGACUAGCUUUGAUUCCCAUAGUCUCAUCUCUGCGGCCUAGUCUCCUUUGCGUUCACUCUGGCGCUGGCUAUCAAGUGUAUAGCUACAGGAUUGGGGUUUGUGUUACCAUGACAACUGAUAGGGUUCUGCUAGAGGUGCUGCUUGGAAGUAAAACUAUUGUAAAUAC